CGAAAAAUUAAUUCAUAGAGAAUAUCUGACUGAAUGAUGAAAAAAAAGUAAAACUAUAAACUCUUCAUCAUCAUUUCUCAAAAAAAACUUCAAAACCUUUUUGUUUCUAAUGCUUCUUUUUCCUACUGAUAUCUGCAUAUACCGUUGUAUUAAUUGUAUAUGAUUUUGUUUUAAUCAAUAAAACUAUUAUAAUUCACCAUCAUAAAAUCACAUUACAUUAGAUAUAUACAGGUACAAGUACAAUAUUAAUCACCAUGUAUUUAUUUACUAUAAAUUAAUCAAACACCCAAAACUUGUGAAAAUCUUAUUAACAAAUUAAAGGCAAGAAGACCCAUCAAAGGGUAAGAAAGAAGAGCUCCAUCGUUGUAUCAAAUUAGUAAAAUUCAGGGUUUUUUUAUUCGCUGACAACAACUUCAGAGCCAGAUCUAUAGAAUCACCAAGUUAUUGAUUAUGGAGGUGGGAAAUUUUAACUGGGUUUGUUGUAAAUAGUGUCUUUUAGGAUGGAUUUGGGUGAUUUCCGAACAAUUUUAGGUAAAUCAGGGGUGGGUAUAUGGGAUUUUAUACAAACUGCGAUUAAGGUAGCAUCUCUGGAUUAUGGUGAUGAGCUUAAAUCAAGAAGAGACGGGAUUGUUGAAAAUUUAUACACAAAUUGUCAUAAUUGUGAUAGAAACUGUGAUGGGUUUGCCAAUGAUUCUGCUAUUGCGGCUGCUUUUGGGAGUGAGAGAGAGGUGAAUCAUAAAUCUAAUUCGCCUUCUACCCCUGCUUCAAUUGGUGGUGGGGAGGAGGAUGAGGAAGAUGAAGAUGAUGAGCUCAGAAGAAUUCUGUCUAUCAAAGAACAGAUUGAAGAUCCUGAUCAGUCUGAAGAUUCAUUGAUUGAUUUGCUUCAAAGUUUAGCUGAUAUGGAUAUUACAUUAAAAGCUCUUAAGGAAACCGAUAUUGGAAGACAUGUGAAUGGAUUAAGGAAACACCCAUCGGGCGAUGUUAAGAGAUUAGUUAAAUUGCUUGUCAGAAAAUGGAAGGAUUUGGUUGAUGAAUGGGUUAGGUUAAACCGUCCUGAUGAAUUACAAUCUUCCAGCAAUCUCAUUGCUGACGGAGACUCGCCUCAGCAAACUGUUCUAAAGAAUCAUCAAAAUGGUAAUCACAAUCAGGUUCCUGAUUUUUCUUACUCUCCUAAUCCACAAAAUGGAAGUUCUGGAUCCGAUAAGAAUUAUUUGGAGUUGGAACCUAAGCAGAAAGCUCCUCUUGCUCCUCCCCGGAGAGAUCCUCCGGCUAGGCCUAUGAAGAGAUCUUCUCCAGCAUCAGCUGCUCCACCCAAUACACAAAAAGAGGUGAAGAUUGACCCAGAUAGGCUGGCUUCCGCUAGGAAACGACUUCAGGAGAACUACCAAGAAGCUCACAAUGCUAAAAAGCAAAGAACAAUCCAAGUGAUGGACAUCCACGAGAUACCGAAACCCAGGAACGCCUUCUUUGGAAGAAACAAAGGUGGCUUUCAGAGGCACUAGUUGUCUUUAUCGUCUCGUCUCAAAGAGAGAAGAGAUUUUAAAGAAAACCCGAGAAAAAGAGGAGCAAAGCAGUAGUUUUUCUAUGUCCUGCAGUCCUUGUUGAGUAUAAUAUUUUUGUUUUCGGAACAAUAUACCUCUGCUUUUGACGAUUCUCCCAUCGAUUAUCCUUAGCAAUUUGUUGAAUAAUGAAGUUGUUGACAGACUUUGUAUAAGUGUGAAACUUCCUCAUGUUCAUAGGAUUUUGCUUAGGGAGAUUCUUAUCAUAUGUAAAAGAAAUGGAGGUCUUUUUAACUCUUCUCAUAAACCAUAUGAGAUGGCCAAGUAACAGCAGUAAUCGUCUAUGUCGUCUUGUUCGUCUCGUGUUGCAUUUCAAUACUUCUCUAUCUUCGAUAUAACGAGAAAGAAGACGAGUGCAUAUUGACACGAGACAUUAAAUGAGAGAAUCCAAAUGUUGUGAAAACACUAUUGCGAACAAUUUUAACUUAGGGGAAUUGUAAUGGAGUAUAUUGAAAAAGGACAUUACAAACGUAUUGUAUUCCUUGUAAAGUGGUGUAUAAACUAACUUUGCUCACCAUAUUUUUUGUAAUGGAAGAGAUCAAAAGAGUAUAUGUCAUUUAUAUUGUUUGA